CCACCCCCCUCUUCUGUCUCUGUCUCUGUCUCUCUCUCUCUCUCGCGCCAUGGAUAAAGCGGCAGCUGGGUUCGGAACCAUGUGGGCUUAUAUGGCAAGCUGGUUCACGCCAACUAUCCUCUUCUGCGUGUUGAACCUCGUGAUCGGCACUAUCUUCAUGGCCUCAAAAUUCAAAACCGGCCGCCACCAGCAGCCAGACGGCUACGAACCCCAGCCCCGGCCCGAGCUUGGCCGUGCCCCAUCCUUGUUUGAGCGGCUUACGUCCAUCAAUCAUUCCCUGUACAACUCCGAUCCGCCCGAGACAUUGCAGCCAAACCGCGGCAGCGAACAGGCUGAACAGCACCCGCCGCCCCAGAUGGCCCGAACUCCUUCCUUCUUAGAACGACUCUGGUCCGUCAAUCUCUCCCGCAUGAACUCCGACCCGCCCGAGACGUUGCGACCAGCCGAGGCGGAGGCCGAGACCAAACAGCCUCUGGCAGACCGCCAAGUGGGGAGGAGCCAGUCCGAAAAGACCACGAGGAAGGCGGCGGCCUCUCUGGCGAGGAUGAGGAAGUCGGGUAGCGAGAAGGCAAGGUCGGAUGCGGUAGAAGCCAGUCGGCAAGCGACGGCGUCCACGGAGGACGAAGGGGUUGACGCGAGAGCCGACGACUUCAUCGGCCGGUUCAAGCAGCAGCUAAAGCUGCAGAGGCUGGAGUCCUUUGUCCGGUACAGAGACAUGUUGAACAGGGGCGCCUAGUAAGGCACGUUCACAUGCUGUGAAAGAUAUUUUCUUUUUAACUGUUGUCUCUCUGCAAAUUGCCCGAGUUAAGGGGUAUUUGAGUCAUUUUAAAAUUGUGGAGAUGUACAUGUACUACAUCUACUGGAUGGUGCAGCCUCAGGCUCAGCCUGUAGGAAUUGAAUUAUUAUGAUGCUAGGAGAGGACUUUGCC